AUGCAUUUGGCCGACAUGCUGUCAAGGGCUUACCUGGCCUACGAAGGCAAAGAAGUAGACGACCUUGAAUCAGUCAACAUGGUCCGUUAUCUGCCCAUAUCUGACCAGCGUUUAGACGAAAUAAGGGCAGAGACCCGGAGGGACCAGUCUCUGCGAGAGUUGUCAGAGACUAUUCUCGUAGGAUGGCCUGAAAACAAGGAACAUGCUCCAGCACUGACACACCCUUACUUCAGCAUGCGCGACGAGCUGACCGUACAAGAUGGGCUGGUUUUCAAAGGGAAUUCCGUCGUGAUACCGAAGAGCCUUCGCGCGGAUAUGAAGCUGCAGAUUCACUCGUCCCACCUCGGAAUAGAGGCGUGUCUGAGGCGUGCACGCGAAUGUAUCUACUGGCCAGGCAUGGCUGCAGAAACGAAACUGUACAUCUCCGCGUGUAAAACGUGUAGAGAACUCGACAGCACUACCCACGCAAAGGAGACACUGAUGUCCCACGAGGUCCCAUCUCGUCCUUGGGAGAAGAUUGCCACAGACAUCUUUACCCUUGAUAGCAAGGAUUACCUGGUCACCAUAGACUAUUACAGCAAUUUCUGGGACGUGGACAGAUUGCCAAACACCAAGGCCAGUACCACCAUUGUGAAGCUGAAGAGUCACUUUGCCCGGUACGGCAUACCUGAUCAAGUGAUCAGCGACAAUGGGCCGCAGUUUACAUCUGACGAAUUUGCCGACUUCUCCAGAACAUGGGACUUUGAGCAUCUUACCAGUAGCCCUGGAAAUAGCAAGGCCAAUGGCAAGGCCGAGUCUGGGGUGAAGACAGUCAAGCGUAUCNUGAUUUCACCGUGCACUAUGAGCGUGGCAAGAACAUGCAUUUGGCCGACAUGCUGUCAAGGGCUUACCUGCCCUACGAAGGCAAAGAAGUAG